CAGGAAAGAUCGGUUCACGCAGAAUCACGCUCACAAUAAACCUAGUAAAAACAUUUUGCAAUAUUUGUGGAGAUGAGAGGGUCAUGAGGACGCUCGAUAUUCGCCGCUUGGUGUAAACAUUUUUGUCGCAUUCUGUAGACUUUGUUUAAGUGGACUUUCGGUUGACCAGUGGUAAAAAGGGACGCGUGGGCAGUGUGGAGCUGUGAGGUCCAGCCAGGGCAGGAUGGAUCCGCUGGGAGCGCGCUCGCAGUUUGUGGACGUCCAGACGCUGUGUUCCUGGGACCAGCAGCAGGAUCCAGAAGGAGGGGAGGCCCCAGUGGAUCAGUGUGACAGUGUCAUCAGCCAGCAGGCCUUCCCUUCCCCCUUCCCAUUCAGACAGGACAUCAACCGCAAGAUUGUACUCUUCACGGGCAACGUGGCCUUGCUGAACUGCACAGCCAUCGUCAACACCAGCAACGAGACCCUGACAGACAAGAACCCCGUCUCUGACAUCAUCCACCAGCACGCUGGACCUGAGCUUCGGGAGGAGCUACUCAAGCUGAAAGGAUGCCGGACAGGGGAGGCGAAGAUGACUAAAGGUUUCAACCUGGCGGCUCGCUUCAUCAUCCACACGGUGGGCCCCAAGUACAAGGCCAGAUACAGGACAGCCGCGGAGAGCUCUCUCCACAGCUGCUACAGAAACGUCAUGCAGCUGGCCAAAGAGCAGUCCAUGACAUCUGUUGGCUUCUGUGUGGUGACCACUGCCAAGAGAGGUUACCCACUGGAGGACGCAACGCACAUAGCCUUCAGAACAGUGCGUAGGUUCCUGGAGAACCAUGGAGAAUGCAUUGAGACGGUGGUGUUUGCUGUGUCUGACGUGGAGGAGCCUGUGUACAGGAAGCUGUUUCCUCUGUACUUCCCUCGGUCAGAGGAAGAGGAGCGGGCCUGUCUUCCCCUCAUCCCUGCUGAUAUCGGCAACUCUGAAGGGGAGCCUGUGGUCCCAGAGAGACAGAUACGCAUCACAGAGAAGCCAGGCAGUCUGGAAGAUGAGUGUCAGGAAGAGCAAAGCCUGGAUUCAGACCUGGGCCAGGUGGGAACACAUGCCUUUGCCCGCAUGGAGGGAGACGUGGACAAACAGCGCAAACUCAUCCUGCAGGGCCAGCGUUCUGAAGCCACCAUGCAGAAGCAGCACCAGAGGAAUUAUAACCGGUGGUUAUGUCGUGCCAGAGCAGAAGACCUGUCUGACAUAGCAGCACUCAAGGCUUUAUAUCAGACGGGUGUGGACAUGUGUGGCAGGACUGUGAUGGUGCUGGUAGGGAGGAACAUUCCAGUCACCCUCAUAGACAUUGAGAAGGCCUUGCUAUACUUUAUCCACGUCAUGGACAACAUCACAGUGAAGGAGUACGUGAUGGUGUACUUUCACACUCUGACAGGGGAACACAAUCAUCUAGACUCGGACUUCCUCAAGAAGCUAUAUGACAUUGUAGAUGCAAAGUUCAAGAAGAACCUAAAGGCUUUCUACUUUGUGCACCCUACAUUCCGCUCCAAGGUGUCCACCUGGUUCUUCACCACAUUCAGCGUGUCCGGGAUGAAGGAGAAGGUGCAUCACGUAGACACCCUGCAGCAUCUGUUCACCUGCAUCCUGCCCGAGCAGAUCGACAUCCCGCCCUUCGUACUGGAAUACGACUCCAGGAUGCUGCUGACCACAUACCGCGUGUGCCUCCUAUUUAGAUCCAGAGGCCUUCCCAGUCCUCACACUCCUCCACCCUGUAACCACCAACCAUUCAGUGCUCUCGCAAAGGGGAAAGUUCAAGAACUGGCCUGCUGGGUUGGGCCUCGGGCCUGAUGGAGCCAGGGUGUCUGGACACUGACGGACAUGCAGGACACAUGCACCCUGUGACAGUCAAGACUCAUUCAUCUACGAUGUUCUCCUGUAAACCAGCGUGAACAUAGUGAGAUGACAGACGGCUCCUCCUUCAAAUGGCAAACUGUAUUUGUGUGUGUGGCAUGUACAGGUGUAAAUAUUCAGUGUCAGACAACUAAUGUCAUGGUUUUACAUGUUGAAACUUCACUACAACUUCAGUUUUGUUUCAUUGUUUCACAAGCAUUUGCAGUUAUUGUUCAUCUUGGAAACAUUUAAAAUGUGUUGAAGGAUGUCUGAACUUCCUCAUGAUGUGAGUGUUAAACACACUGAAAUAUUAGAAGUGUCACAGUGGUUUGCACUAUUGCAAUGGAGGCAUUUAGUAGAACUACAUUCACAGUUUUAUCUGAAAAGUAUAUAAUAUAUUCUGAAGGUUUUUUUAGUUUUUACCUUUUUGUUUCAACAUACUAAUUACUUUACAUCUGUUUAAUCAUUGUUGACAGUACUUAACAAAGAGUCAGUGUGCAACACCUCACAUUGAAAAGUUAAUUUAUGGUUUACCUGCAUUGUACCCAAUCUCACUUUGCUGAGAUGCUUUUUUCUUUUCUUCAAGUAAGCCAAAUUUCAAUGUUCAGUGUGUAUUUUCUGAUUGACUUCAACUCAAAUUAAAUUUCUGCUUGUCUAAUUAAACUGGGAUGAGAUUAGAGGUAGAGGAAUUGAAGUUGAAUUUAAUGCUGUCAUUUUAAAGUAAUUUUCCUUCCUGUUAGUGUCUUAUGACUGUACCAUUUGAAAUAUAUUUUCUUUGAUUCUU